CUUAUUCAUGCUAGCAACCAGCUCGUGGGGGAGACGGAGGCGUUGCUGUCGUCCUGCUCGUCGCUGGAGGAGACCGAGACCGCGGACGACAGCAGUCAACCGAAACGCCGACGGAAGGUGCGGAAUGCCAACGCGGCCAAGAGGCGGCUCAAGUACACGAAGAAAGUCAAGGACGAGAGGGAGCAGCUGAAGCAACAGGACGAGCAGCUAUCGGCUCAGCUGGCCGACCUACAGGCCAAGCAGAGUGCAAAGAAGUGGGUUCUGGAGAGAACGAGUGCCAUGCCCGUGUGGAGGGCCAUUGCCACGCGUCAACUGCAAGGCCGCCUUAUGGCUGAAGCGGAGAGGCGCCGGCUUCGAGAGCUCGUUGCAGCACGUGGCAAGUUGCUCCACGAGCUUGGCGAGAAGAUGCGUCUGCACUUGCAAGGAUCUGGUAUUGCUAUGGAUAGAAGUGAAGAACGGAGUGCACCUCCGCUGGAGCUGGAGGACUCGCUGCUUUUUGACAGGUACUUGGUGGAAGUGGAGACCGCUUUCGACGAAGUUGACGAGGUUCAGCGCACCUGGCAUGUACACGAAGCCCCUUUGUCGCCAGUUCGCAAUCGAUUGAGUGGCGAGGAACACGACUACUUUGAGAAUAUGGAUGUGCAGCUGACCCCUUUCGACUUCAAGCAGACCGGUGACGCUCUGUGGGAAGCAAUGCGUCGUGUUCAUUAUCAAAAUGGCCACCAGCGCUACAGAAGCGUUGCGGGUCUUGGAGAUGUGGUCGCUGUCAAGUUCCAAGUGCGAAAUAAAAUCCAGGAUGAAUCAGGCUUGAUAAUCCGGAUCGUGAUGAAGCGGCGUAUCGAGUCUGGCAGAAUUGUGAUCUUGUGGCGAGCUCAUACCCAGGGCUACGGCGAGCUCAGCAACAUUCAUGCCGACGAAACUGGCUGGUCAGUUAUUCACCCGACGGAUGCAGGGACCAAGAGCGUGGUAGGUAUGCCUACUGCGAUUCUGACCUUCAUUCGAUUUAUUCCAUGCAGCGAUGGUACCAAUCUAGAGGGGGGCGACACGAAGUUAGGUCAUUUCAUACAGCUAGCGGAGUCCUCGGGCCACGAGUAUGGAGCUGAGAUCGUGCGAAUGAUGGAAUCUCUUCUGCUGGAUGACUCGCGUAUACCUGCUCGGUGA